AUGGCUUCGACCCUUUUUACAAAGAUGCUUUUGGGUCAUAGAUUGAUCCACCACCCUUCCUCGUUCCUCACUCACCAGCCACAGAUUUUAUCUUCUUUAUUCAGUAAACAGCUGUUUUGUAUACAAGCUUUCCCGUUCUCUGCCCAUACAUCCCAAAACAUCAAAACAACUGGUUGGGUUCCUUCUAUGGCUUCUUCCUCAUUUGGUAGAAGAGCUACAUAUUCAACACAAUCUGUAUCAACAAAUGAGCCAGUUGUUUCUGUAGAUUGGCUAUAUGAUAACCUGAAGGUGCCAGAUAUCAAGGUAUUGGAUGCUUCAUGGUACAUGCCGGAUGAACAGAGGAAUCCAAUUCAAGAAUAUCAGGUUGCUCACAUUCCUGGUGCCCUUUUCUUUGACGUAGAUGGAAUAGCAGAUCGGACUACAAAAUUACCACACAUGCUGCCAUCUGAGGAAGCUUUUGCUGCUGCUGUGUCUGCACUUGGCAUAGAGAACAAAGAUGACUUGGUUGUUUAUGAUGGAAAAGGGUUAUUUAGUGCAGCUCGUGUUUGGUGGAUGUUCCGAGUAUUUGGGCAUGACAGAGUUUGGGUGUUAGAUGGUGGCCUGCCGAGAUGGCGUGCAUCCGGUUAUGAUGUUGAAUCUAGUGCUUCAAGUGAUGCUAUUCUUAAAGCCAGUGCUGCUAGUGAGGCUAUUGAGAAAGUAUACAAGGGACAAACAGUUGGCCCACUCACAUUUCAGACUAAAUUUCAGCCACAUCUUGUUUGGAACCUUGAUCAGGUAAAGAAAAAUAUAGAGGACAAAACAUACCAACACAUAGAUGCUCGAUCAAAGCCCAGGUUUGAUGGAGCUGUUCCAGAGCCCCGAAAGGGUAUCAGAAGUGGUCAUGUACCUGGAAGCAAAUGCAUCCCUUUUGCCCAGUUGUUAGAUAGUUCACAUACAUUGUUACCCGUAAAUGAGCUAAAGAAGCGAUUUGAACAAGAAGGCAUCUCUCUGGAUAGCCCAGCUGUCACUUCAUGUGGAACAGGCGUAACUGCUUGCAUUCUUGCAUUGGUACAUCUCUCCCUCUAUUUGGAUGGCCUGCAUCGUCUUGGAAAAUCUGAUGUUGCAGUUUAUGAUGGAUCUUGGACUGAAUGGGGAUCACACUCUGAUACACCCGUUGACACUUCAUGA